CCUCGAGUAUUCGAUACUCGAUCACAGGCGGUAACAUAGGCAAUGCUUUUGGUGUACAUAAUAAUACUGGAGCUAUAUUCGUAGCAUCGCCCUUAGAUUAUGAAACUAGACCAAGGUAUGAAUUACGCUUGGAAGCUUCACGUAGUCGUAAGACAAAUUACACCACCGUUAUAAUAAAUGUACGGGAUGUUAAUGAUAAUCCACCGACAUUUGAUCGUCAAACAUAUCGUACACAAAUUACCGAAGAAGAUGAUCGUAAUUUACCUAAACGUAUAUUACAGGUUACUGCCACCGAUGGCGAUGUAGAUAGACCCAUAAAUAUUGUAUAUUUUCUCACCGGUCAGGGUAUAGAUCCUGACAAUACAGCUAAUAGUAAAUUUGAUAUAAAUCGUACAACGGGUGAUAUUUUUGUUUUAAAGCCCCUUGAUCGCGAUCAACCGAAUGGCCGACCACAAUGGCGCUUCACAGUCUUUGCCCAGGAUGAGGGCGGCGAAGGACUCGUCGGCUAUGCCGAUAUACAAGUUAAUCUCAAAGAUAUCAACGACAAUACACCACAAUUUCCUCAGGGCGUUUAUUAUGGUAACGUAACGGAAAAUGGCACUUCCGGUUUGGCAGUGAUGACCAUGUCAGCCGUAGACUAUGAUGAUCCCAAUGAGGGUACACAUGCCAAACUAAUAUAUUCGAUAGAGAAAAAUGUCAUCGAAGAAGAGACGGGAGCACCCAUAUUCGAAAUAGAACCCGAUACGGGUGUUAUUAAGACAGCGGUCUGUUGUCUGGAUCGUGAGCGUACACCCGACUACUCCAUACAAGUAGUGGCCAUGGAUGGUGGUGGUCUUAAGGGUACUGGCACGGCUUCUAUAAGAGUAAAAGAUUUAAACGAUAUGCCACCCAUGUUUACCAAAGACGAAUGGUUUACGGAGGUGGAUGAAACAAAUGGCACUUAUAUACCGGAAACACCCAUACUAACGGUGACAGUGCAGGAUGAGGAUGAAACAAAUUCAUUUCAAUAUAAAGUAGUGCCCAACAGUGGUUUGGGUUCCGAUAAAUUUGCAAUGGUACGUAAUACUGAUGGUACUGGUUCCUUGAAAAUAAUACAGCCGUUGGACUAUGAAGAUCCCAUGCAGAGCAGUGGUUUUCGUUUUCGCAUACAGGUCAACGAUAUGGGCAAUAAUGAUAGUGAUAAAUAUCAUUUAGCCUAUUCAUGGGUGGUGGUUAAGCUGCGUGAUAUCAAUGAUAACUCACCGCAUUUCGAAAGGGAACGCAUCGAAUUGUCGGUGUAUGAAGAUACAAAAGUUGGCACCAUACUGGAACAAUUCAAAGCUACCGAUGCCGAUCAGGGUGGCAAGAGUAAGGUCAGCUAUAAACUGGUAAGAGCUAGUAAUCGUAAACGUCAAUUUGCUAUUAGCGAUAAGGGAGCAAUAAGCAUACAAAGAUCUUUAGAUCGUGAGACCAACGAACGACAUCAAUUAGAAAUAUUGGCGGUGGAUGAUGGUGUAGUACCGCGUACAGCCACCGCGGUUCUCACGGUCAUCGUUAAAGAUGUCAAUGAUAAUGCUCCCGUAUUUAAGGAGGAUUAUCGUCCUGUUUUACCUGAAAAUGUUAGCCCGCGUAAAUUUAUAGAAGUGACAGCCAAAGAUGCCGAUGAUAGAGCUCGAGGGAAUGGAGGACCUUUCACAUUUCGUAUGGAUCCUAUGGCCAGUGAUGUGAUAAGAUCGAGUUUUAAGCUCGAAUAUGAUAGAAGAGCUGAUAAUGGUAAUGGCGCUGCGAUUAUCUCGUCUUUGCGACCCUUCGACCGUGAACAACAAAAAUCCUACCUCAUACCCAUCGAAAUCAAAGACAAUGGCUCACCAGCCAUGACUGGCACUUCAACAUUAACAGUAAUUAUAGGAGAUGUUAAUGAUAAUAAAAUGCUGCCAGGCAGCAAGGAAGUGCUGGUCUAUAAUUAUCAAGGUCAGUCACAUGACACUCCCAUUGGGCGGGUGUAUGUCCACGAUCUGGACGAUUGGGAUGUAGUGGAUAAAAAGUACUAUUGGGAACAACAAGAACAUCAACGUUUCAAACUGGAUACCGAUACGGGUAUUGUCAAUAUGAAAGCUGGCACUCGUAGAGGUCGCUAUAACCUGCGCUUCAAAGUUUAUGAUCGUGAGCAGGGCCAAGUAGAUGUGCCGUCGAAUAUGACGGUCAUAGUUAGAGAUAUAACCCAGGAGGCUGUACAACAGGCGGGUUCCAUGCGCCUGUAUGGUAUUAGUGAUGAAGAAUUCGUGCGCACUUGGGAUUUCAUGCAGCACAAGCAGGUGCGUUCCAAACUGGAAAAAUUUCGUGAUAAAUUGGCUGAAUUACUUUACACCGAGCGCGAUAUGGUUGAUGUGUUUAGUGUCCAGACGAAAAGUGAAGGUUUUACAGAUGUUCACUUUGCUGCCCGCCCUGCCAAUCAACAGCCCUACUUUAAGGCCGUCAGAUUGAACGGUGUAGUGUUAAUGCAACGUGAGGAAAUAGAACGAGAGCUGGGUCUCAACAUCACCAUGGUGGGCAUAGAUGAGUGUCUGCAGGAGCCUGGUAAAUGUGAGGGUUCUUGCACGAAUCGUGUAGAAAUCAAUAGACUUCCUUAUACAGUCAAUGUUAACAAAACUGCCUUGGUAGGCGUAAGACUAGACAUAACCGCCGAAUGUUAUUGCAAGGCCCGCAAUUACAGCAAAGAAGACUCCUGCCGCACAAUGAACUGUUUUAAUGGUGGCCGCUGUGUGGAGACUCGUAACGGUCCACGUUGUGUGGCCUGUCCUAUAGGCUAUAAUGGUCCGAGAUGUCAACAAAAUACCCGAAGUUUUAAAGGCAAUGGCUGGUCCUGGUAUCCACCUCUUCAGCUGUGCGAAGAGUCACAUUUGUCUUUGGAGUUUAUUACCAAAGAAGCCGAUGGUUUGAUUUUAUACAAUGGUCCCAUAGUGCCUCCCAAAGCUGACGAGCUGGUACUCACCGACUUUAUAGCCAUUGAACUGGAACAGGGUUAUCCUCGUUUACUAAUAGAUUUUGGCUCUGGCACGUUAGAAUUGAGAAUAAAAACUAAAAAGACUUUAGACGAUGGUGUAUGGCAUAGGCUGGACAUAUUUUGGAAUAGCGAAAACAUACGCAUGGUAGUGGACUUUUGUCGUUCGGCAGAUGUCUAUGAAAUGGAGGAUGGCUCUACGCCUGAGUUUGAUGAUAACACCUGCCAGGCUCAAGGCACUAUACCACCUUUCAAUGAGGCUCUCAACUUAAAUACACCCCUACAACUGGGUGGUCUUUAUAGACAACAUUUCGAUCAGUCGCUCUUCCACUGGCAAUAUGCCUUUACCUCCAAAGGAUUUGAUGGCUGCAUAAGAAACGUUGUGCACAAUUCGGAACAUUAUGAUUUAGCAUUUCCCGCCUUGGCACGCAAUAGCUAUCCCGGCUGCCCUCAAACCGAUGAGGUUUGUUUGAAAACCGAUCACACUGCCAGAUGUUGGGAACAAGGUAACUGUGUGGCUAGUUUAGUGCAGGCCAAAUGUCACUGUCAGCCCGGCUGGAUGGGACCCAUGUGUAAUAUACCCACCAUACCUACAACGUUCAAACCCCAAAGUUAUGUCAAAUUUGCCUUAUCCUUUGAACCCGAUCGUUUCUCCACCCAACUGCAGCUACGUUUUCGUACACGCGAAAUGCAGGGUGAAAUCUUUCGUGUCUCUGACCAACAUCAUCGUGAGUAUGCCAUAUUGGAACUUCAUCAAGGACAUCUACAAUUCAGAUUUAAUCUGAACUCUUUAAGGCCAGAAGAACACAAUGUUGCCCUCACCUCCAUCACCGUAAAUGAUGGUCAAUGGCACGUGGUAAAAGUGAGCCGUUAUGGUUCCGCUGCUCUUAUCGAACUCGAUGGUGGUGAGGGUAGACGUUAUAAUGAAACAUUUAAUUAUCAUGGCCAUCAGUGGCUGACGAUUGACAAACAGGAGGGAGUGUAUGCCGGUGGCAAGGCCGAGUAUACAGGAGUUAAAACUUUUGAAGUCUUGGGAGAUUUUCAACGUUCCUGUCUAGAUGAUAUCAGAUUGGAUGGCAAACACUUACCUCUGCCGCCCUCCAUGAAUGGCACACAAUGGGGACAGGCAACAAUGGCCAGAAAUUUAGAACGUAACUGUCCUUCAAAUCGUCCAUGUUCGAAUAUAAUCUGUCCGGAUCCAUUUGAUUGUGUUGAUUUGUGGAAUGAAUAUGAAUGCACCUGCAGUGAAGGUCGUGUCAUGUCUGCCGAUACAAAGGGAUGUGUAGAUCGUAAUGAGUGUCUGGAUAUGCCAUGUCUUAAUGGUGCCACUUGUAUAAAUCUAGAGCCACGUUUACGUUAUCGUUGCAUAUGUCCCGAAGGUUAUUGGGGUGAAAAUUGUGAAUUGGUGCAGGAGGGUCAAAGACUAAAGUUGAGCAUGGGUGCAUUGGGUGCCAUCUUUGUGUGUCUUAUUAUUAUUUUAAUUUUAGCUCUUAUCUUUGUUCUGUACAAUCGUAAACGUAAAACAACAAAUAAAAAACGUAAUGGCCCAGAAAAAGAUGUACGUGAAACAGUGAUUAGUUACGAUGACGAAGGUGGUGGUGAGGAUGAUAUGACAGCAUUUGAUAUAACACCCCUACAGAUACCCAUAGGACAGGGUGGUAAUAUGCCACCUGAUAUAGCUGCCUGUAAAGUGCCAAUAAUAUAUCCUGUUGUUACCUUAAUGCCUGGCCAAGAAUUAAAUGUGGGUUUUUUAAUGGAGGAACGUAAAAAACGCUGCGAUAAAGAUAUAAACGCACCACCCUUUGAUGAUUUAAGAAAUUUCACCUACGAAGGCAGUGGGAGUAUAGCUGAAUCAUUAAGUUCAUUGGCAUCAGGCACUGAUGAUGAGAAUCAAGACUUUAAUUUUUUGGAAACGUGGGGUCCACGUUUUAAUGCCUUGGCAGCUUUAUAUCUACAAGACAAAACGAAAACAAAAACAGCAACUACAACAACAACAGCGGCAGUAGUAACAACAGCAACAGCUGAUGUUGUAACUAAUGAAAAUGGUGUAUUAUAAAAUUAGAUUUUAAAUUAAAUUUAUACUAAAAUAAUUGUAAAUUAACUCAAAACUUAAACUUAACUGGCGAAAGAAAAACAAACAGAAAUUCAAUUGCCUCCAACUAGGCAAAAAAAAAAAACAAAAACUAAUAUUAAAGCCAACAAAAUGUGUAUAAAAUCAAAAUGAACAGAUAAAAAUAAGAACAUAACAAAAAAGGAAUUACAAUUAAAAUCUUUUUUACAUUUAGUUAGUAAGUAGAAAAUAGAUACAAUAAUAGAAACAGAUAUUGAAACAGCCUUUUUUUUGCAACAACCAAAAAAAAAUAACUCAACAGCAACAAAAACUAAAACAUAAAUAAGCCUCAAGCUGCAACAAACAACAGAAAAAAAACCAUACCAAUACACAUACACACUAAAGAAAUGAAAAAAUAAAGAAUAAGGGGAAAAAGGCAUUUGGACUGAUAGAAUGAACUGCAUACAAAAGCUUCUGUAAUUAUGGCCUACACAGUGAGUACAGUUACAAAUCUACAGCCUGCUGUAUAUUUGCUUAUACAAAAAAAAAAACUUACAACCAAAAAAAAAAAGAUGAAGUGAAAAAGCAGAAAUUACGUUUUCAGUUGAAAUAUAAUGAAAAAGAGAACUUGUUCAGCACAUCAGACAUCCAGCCAGAUGGACGGACAACAUGUGGAUACAACAACAAUAGAAACAGACAACAGAAAAGCAAAAAUCAGACAAGACUUGCUUGCUUGCCUUCAUGCCAUGGUUUUUGUUGUUUGCAAUAUUCCUUUUUAAGGGAAAUUACAACUGAAAAUUACUACUACCUUAUUGCAAAGAGUAAUUUAAAAGAAUGAAAUCUUUGAAGUGCAAAAUAUUAAAAAAACGUUGAUGAGUUAUUUUCUUUGUUAACAGAUCAUUUACUCUGCAUCAUUUACAAAAUGGAUGAGGGUAAGAACACGGAGAGUUUUCCGUUUUUUUCUCACUCAUUCCCAACUUUUAGUUCAUCAGCUACAUCUCAGCGGGUUUCUAUUGCCUUUACGGCAACAGCAACUUCUUCAGUCUUUAAAUCAACAUUUACAUCCCGUGAUAUACAUAUUUUGAACUAGAACCACCGUGGAUUACAAAUAUAUUCAGGGUCCUUGUUAGUCUCAAAGACGAUCUUCACAUGUCCUUCCAUCCGUUAAGGUUGCAACACAUCGAAAGUAUUUAUGUUAAUUCGUCUCUCUGUCUAUCUCACCAUCUGUCUAUCCGACUAUAAUAAGAGCUAUAAGUUCCAAACGAAAGGAGCUGUAGUACGUUCCAUCUUUCUGUCCGUACGAGAUACCCCCCUCCCCCCUGGGCAUGUUUCCUUGAUGAAAUGUCCAUCUUGGUGUAUUGCAAUCCCGGGGUAAAGAGAUGCUACCAGUAUCUCUAGUAUCUCAGCCGGGACUAUAAACUGGUGAUGUCAAAUGUAUCCUCGGCUUCGCCUUGGAAUAAUUUGGCAUGGGGUCUAACCAGAGCACCAUAUAAUCUGACACUACGGCCGGACCACCGUAAAAUAAGGCCGUCAAGGCAGGUGUUCACGUUAAGGACUUGACAUUCUUGUCCAGAAGCAGAAUAAGCUGAAAUGCUGUCUGUAUCGACAUCGAAAGUUUAUAUGUUCAGGGUAUAGUCAUAUCCGUCAAUUCGUCCGUCUGUCUGUCCAUUUCACCAUCUGUCUGUCCGACUGUAGUAAGAACGAUACGUUCCAAACGGAAGGAGCUGUAGUACGUUUCAUUUGUGUGUCCAUCCAAAAAAA